AUGUGUGCUGGCCAUGGGACUGACCCCCAGCUGUACACCUACGACCACCUUCGUCGUAAAACUGAUCAUCCCGCACUCUUUCCUUCGGCCCUUGCCACGAUCUCGAUCCCAUACACGUUGAAGAAGCACAGAUCCUAUGUCCCGCCGUUCCCCCUUCACGGUUGGGUCCCGGCAGCACUGCUCUCCGUUUUACCAGAGCAGUUGAACAUGGGAAAGUGGAAAUCGGACCAUUAUUCUGUCAUCCUGCCUUGCGUGUCACAGCUAAAAUCAGGUGCGAUUUUCAGCCCCUUGGACUGGGUUUUCGACGACAUUCCGAUCUCUCGAUGGAUGGGGUUUUCGAGACAAAAGGGCGAGACCAGCCACGCCAUGCGGUCAACGCGUAUUCGUAACGACGACGGCUUGAUAACGAACAUUGUGGUAUUGCGUGAGAAGCAGAGGAUAACCACAUCCUACCUUCGAAACUCGACAAUUCCAAGGGCGAACGAAGGAGCCGCAGUACAACAGGGAUCCUCAGCCUUGGCCUCGUUCCAGCAUCGGGAGACGAGCAUUCUGUUCCGCCGAACGUCUGGCUGGGGAAAUGAUGCUGGGAUGGGCGAAUGUAUGCAAAACAGUGACGACCGACCUGUCGCCAGGCAUCUAUCUGGCCGACUAUGUGUGACGAGGGAAGCGCCUUGUUGGUCCGCGGAACAACGGAUUACCAUUAUAUCGCGUAAUGAUGUAGCAAGUAGCAAGGGAAUAUCGUCACUCUUCAACAUUGUUGUUUCUGACAGCUCGUCAUUCAAUGAUACACGGUAUCCCGACUGCGCAAACUUGACUGCGCAAGCUUUCUAUUUCCAUCCCACUUGUACGUCAAGGCAGCAGCAGGAUAAGGGCACCCCGUAUGCGGGGAGGAGAGAGGAAAAGGCGACCGGCAUCGACUUUUUGCACCACGAUCGAGAAUGGCCAAUAUUUCACCCAUUCUGGGCAGUCGGGGAGGACAGAGGCGACGGUGUUUCCGUGUUCCUGGCUGCUGCCGAGUUGCAGCUUCUGGGCUAUGGCCCAGACCGGUCGGUCGCCGGGCUUGAGGUCUACCUACUUGCUACGUACAACGUACCCUCUCGCUUGUAUCGGUACCGCCAUUGCACCCUUGGGUUGCCGUCCUCUGGGUCUUGGGGUUUGGACGUUGCCGGACUAGACUCCAACACCCCCCCCAUUCUGUCUUGCUCCUCUGAUCAGCUGCAUACUUUGUAUUUGGAGUCGGCCAUGCCCUUUGUCGCUUUGCGCCGAACUGAACUGAACCGAACCGAACUGAACCUGAACUACCACCACGGGAGACACAGCUUUUUUUGGACCGGGGGGCGACCCCAUCCGACCGAAUCGAAUCCCCGGGUAGUACAUCAACUGGCUGUUGCCCUCAACGACUUGAAAUCGACCUACGUUCGGGCCAAUAAGCUCCCCUUGAUCGGCUCAGGUACCCCAUAUCAAGUUCCCAACUUGCGCGUCCCACACAACUGGGGCACUUGGCUGCUGAGUUCCCAAUGUCAUCGAGAUCCUACACCUGCAGCCUCGCCUCCCAACCUCGCCUCCCAACCGAAUCCGACACUACACUAUAUACCCAAGUCACGACGAGACUCCCGCGUCCCGACCGGUCCGAAAUACAAACAACCGCCAAACCUCAUGACGACCGACCUAGACGGGCAUUCUCUUGGGUUGUUUCAAAUAUUCGAGCGUGUUCGAUCCCGAAAUAGUAGCAGCAAAGUGAUCUCAACGAGCGAGCCUUCUCGCCCUACGGCGUAUAGAACAGACCAGAUCGACGAGCCGCCUCGGAGCCAGUCCGUGCGACAAAUCUCGACUCUUGGUGGAUCGUCUGGGACCGUACGCAGCAUCGUUGUCGUCCGUGGGAAACCCCGUCCGACCGCCUGCAUGACACCAAGCUUGGAAUCACUCUUCGCGGAGCUGGGUAUCUCCCAGUACCUGGCCUCUUUCGUCGAACAAGGCUUCGACACCUGGGAGACCAUUCUGGACAUUACUGAAUCGGAUCUCGAUGUUCUAGGCGUGAAACUCGGACAUCGAAGGAAACUCCAGAGGCGUAUUGCCAAUUCGAGAGGACUUGCACCGGGAGCUGCCCUGCUAUCGGCGAAAAUAUCCGGGUCAGAUGCCGUGAGAUCAGAGAACUGGAGACAAGAGAGUCCGGACGAGAAUGCCCCCGAACGUCCACCGUCGGCCUACGUGCUCUUCUCCAAUAAAAUGCGCGAUGACCUGAAAGGCCGUAAUUUGACCUUCACGGAAAUUGCCAAGCUGGUGGGCGAGCACUGGCAGAGCCUAUCCCCGGCCGAGAAAGAGCCGUAUGAGACGAAGGCCAUGAACGCGAAGGAUAAAUACAACAAAGCCUUGGCCGAGUACAAGAAGACACCCGAGUAUAGGAAAUACGCGCAGUACCUACUUGAGUUCAAACAAAGGCAAGCAAGCCAAAACCAAGCUAAGGAUGCGUCAAAACGUCUGAGGCUAGAGCCUGGCGCAAGGUUGCACCAUGGUGGUAGCGUCGGUGGAACGCCGACGCCCUCGUCCACCCCGACGCCGACGCCGACGCCCAAGAGCGCAAACGGCACAGGUAGUGGGAGCGAUGGCUAUGCCGGCAUCGGCAUCGAUACGCCUCUCGCUCGGAAGCAUCGGGUGCGAUCAUCCAUGCCACACGCGUCUCACCAGGAAACCAUCGAGGACAUGGUGCCCUCGCCCGCGAGCACGCACUUCGAUCUAGAGCCGUCGCCCCUGGCGCAUGGCAGCUCUGGCAGCGCACACAGCCAUAGUCGACGGCCUACAUGGUCCAACAGCCCGGCGAAUACCGAAAACAACACGCAACUUCACCUGCCCUCGUUUUCGGAUAUGUUUAAUCAUGACAGGCAGGUGAUGUCUGGCGUGGGCAUGGGCAUGGGCAUGGCUUCCGAGAACAGUGGGUUUGUCGGGUUUGGGCAAGGUCAACAGCACGCAUCGCCACACCUGCCACAACUGGCGCCGCCGCAGCAGAUGCCACAUCAGAUGCCGCAGCAGGCAAACGUCGGUCGCCCCCUCGUGAAGCACGAAUCGCCUUCGACUGGCAGCAUGGGCUCGUCCAGCUGCUCCAUGUUCUCGUAUCAGCGAACUCCAAGCGAAGCGUCUCUGCCGAUCCACGCAUUGUUGUCGAGCAGGAGUGGGUCGGACUCGGGAUAUGAAGGGCAGCCUGGCUCCUAUGUCGGACAGCAGCAGGAGAUUCAGGGUAACCAGUAUCCAUUCCCGCAUUUCGGACAGGCCGCGCACGCCAUUCCGCCCCCUGGUGCUCCUGGGAUCAUGAAUGGCAGCCAUGACAGCAGACCGGGCAGGCAAGCGGGCGGAGCUGUGGCUCAUCGGCCGCCACUGGCGGGGCUGCAGCACAUGUCGUCGAGUUCGUCGGGAGUGACGGAGGCGUCGCCCGGGUCACAUUCAUCGUCACAAACUUCGCUAAGUGUCUACGACAACGGUGGCGUUAGCAACAACGACAUGAAUACAAAGGGGAAAGAGGAAUUCGAUGGGAUGAACGCUCUUUUGAGGGCUGGUGAAAUUGUCGGUCGACGCGAGGAGUAA